UUUCGUUGACUCAUCCUGUCCACGACGACUCUCCCUUCAUCUUCCUUGUAAAAACCCCUCACGAUAAUGGCUGCACCAUUUCUUUAUCCUCUUCUCCCUUUCUCUACCAAAUAAUCUUAAAAAACCAAACUCCUCUCUUUCUCUCGUUUCAAAACCACCACCAUGGGCGUGGAUUCAUCUCUCCAAGGCCUCCUAGCCGCCAUCGCCAGUUUCAUUGUAGUCACACUAAUCUUCGCCUUCAUCUUACUCAUCUGCAAAAAAAACCGAAAACCCGACACCCGGACCCAGAACUUGAGUUGCACGCAGUCCCACGCCGAGUUGACCUCCAUCGCCACCUACGACAGCGCCUCCUUCGAUCCUUCUCUCAAUCAAAUCUCCAUGGCGGAGCUCCUCAAAGCCACCAAGAACUUCUCCCCCGAUCUCAUCGUUGGCGACGGCAGUUUCGGCUUCGUUUACAAAGCCAAGCUCUCAGACAACGUCACUGUCGCCAUCAAGAAGCUUGACAAGGACGCCUUUCAAGGAUUUCGCGAGUUUCGGGCCGAGAUGGAGACUCUCGGGAAGCUCCGCCAUAAAAAUAUCGUUAAGAUUCUCGGGUACUGCGUUUCGGAUUUUGAUCGGGUUUUGAUCUAUGAGUUCAUCGAGAAAGGGAACCUUGACCAAUGGUUGCAUGACACGUCGACGGGGAGUGAUGACGUGGACAAUUCAAGACACUCGAUGUCAAUUUGCCGGUUACCGUUAAGCUGGGAGACGAGAGUGAAAGUGAUGACGGGUGUGGCUAAUGGGCUAGCCUAUUUACAUGAGCUUGAUAAGCCCAUUAUCCAUAGAGACAUCAAAGCGAGUAAUGUGUUAUUGGAUUCCAAUUUUGAGGCCCAUAUCGCUGAUUUUGGGCUUGCUAGGAGGAUCGACACAUCUCAUUCUCACGUGUCAACACAGGUGGCUGGUACAAUGGGGUACAUGCCACCGGAGUACAUGGGUGGGAACACGGCAGCAACUGUCAUGCUCGAUGUCUAUAGCUUCGGGGUGUUAAUGAUAGAGGUUGCAACGCAACGGAGGCCCAAUUGGCCGGUGAACAUCGAUGGCAGGGAAGUUGGGCUUGUGGAGUGGACUAGAAUAAUGGUGGAGAAAAAUAGGGAAAUUGAAAUGGUUGAUUCAAAUAUAUCAAGGGAAGGAUUAAACGAAAUAAAGGUAAAGCAGUAUUUUAGGAUUGCUUGUGAUUGUACUAAUGAAAAAUCAAGAGAGAGGCCGGCAAUGAAGGAAGUGGUUCAGCAAUUGGAAGAGUUGGCAUUAUGAAUUUGGAUUUUGUAGGUAUAAAAACCAUGCCUUGAUUUGUUUUCUUGAUAUUCAGUUUAUAUUUAUAAAAUGUCGAUAGGAUUGUAAAUAGUUGAUGGUGUCCAUUAAACAAAGUAGAAUAUAUGAGGCACCCUGUUUCUUAGGCCCAGUGUUUUGUUAUUAAUUUGGGUGUUUGUAUGUGGAUGUCGAUUUAGAAGUGAAAGCUAGAUUGGCUGGAGUUCAUAUGGAUUAAGUUUGGGUCAGAGUUCUACACUUGGUUGGUAACCAAAUCGAACUUGAGUUGGAAGAUGUUUGAUUUGGUCCACUAUGAUAGUCAAUUGUUCAAUUUGAAUCGUUUUAAGUGUUUUAAAUUCAACUUCAAGUUUCUGUGGAAUGAAAAUUAGAUAUACAGAGUUUUAUUCAUA